GAAAAAAAAGGAGGAAAAAAAAAAGUAAAAUCAGGAUCUCAUUACAAGAGCAACAGAGCGUUUGCAGAAGACUGUCAGCAUGGAGAACCGGGGGAUUUUACCCGGCUCCCUCUAAACUACCAGGAGAGAGCGGAGAAGUCCCUCAGCCGCUGGGUAUGGAGAGUGCAAUCACACUGUGGCAGUUCCUUUUGCAGUUGCUGCUAGACCAGAAACAUGAGCACCUGAUUUGCUGGACAUCUAAUGAUGGCGAGUUCAAGCUACUCAAGGCAGAAGAAGUGGCUAAGCUGUGGGGACUCAGAAAAAACAAAACUAAUAUGAAUUAUGACAAGCUGAGCCGGGCGCUCAGAUACUAUUAUGACAAGAACAUCAUCAAGAAAGUGAUUGGACAAAAAUUUGUGUACAAGUUUGUCUCCUUUCCUGAGAUUUUAAAAAUGGAUCCACAUGCUGUGGAAAUCAGCAGAGAGAGCCUUUUGCUGCAGGACAGCGAUUGUAAGAUGCCUUCCGAGAGCAGGGAUCAGCACAAGCACAGCUUGUCAGCACUGAAAAGCACAAGCCGUAAUGAAUAUAUCCACUCUGGCCUGUACUCCUCUUUCACUAUCAACUCUCUGCAGAACCAGCCAGACCCUUACAAGCCAAUCAAAACAGAAAAACUGGAGGAGAAGUCAGAAGGAAACACACCAGUGGAAGAGGUUCGGACUGUCAUCAGAUUUGUGACAAACAAAACAGACAAACAAGUUAUGAGGUCCAUGGUGUCAUUGCCUUCCACUUCCGAAACAGCAGCUGCCUCUGCUUUUCUCAGCUCAUCAGUAUCAGCUAAAAUAUCUUCCUUAAUGCUACCCAACAGUGCCAGCAUUUCAUCUCCAUCGUCAUCAUCUUCCUCCCGGUCACCGUCUCUGUCUCCCACCUCACCUCUCCCUGCAGAUCACAGGAGCCUCUUCCUUGAUUCCAGUUGCCACGACUCAGAUUCCCUUGAGCCUUUGAACCUCUCCUCAGGCUCCAAGGCAAAAUCUCAAUCUCUUCCCCCAAAGGCUAAAAAACCCAAAGGCUUGGAAAUCUCUGCCCCACCUAUGGUCCUUUCCAGUACUGACAUCGGUUCCAUCGCCCUCAACAGCCCUGCACUUCCUUCAGGAUCCCUGACUCCAGCUUUCUUCACUGCACAGACCCCAAAUGGAUUAUUGCUGACCCCAAGCCCGCUGCUGUCUAGCAUUCAUUUCUGGAGCAGCCUCAGCCCUGUUGCUCCUCUGAGUCCUGCCAGGCUGCAGGGACCAAACACUCUGUUCCAGUUUCCAACUCUGCUGAACGGUCACAUACCGGUGCCGCUCCCCAGCCUGGACGGAGCCUCUUCUCCAGUGCUGCUUUCCCCUAACGCCCAGAAAUCCUGAUGACGCCUCAUCUCGCCAAGGACUUAUUGGUGGAUUUAACACUUCAUUCCUAUGGGCUAGGUUUUUUAUCAUCUCCUGUGUCAUGAGAAGGACAUUGUGAAAACCCUCUAUUACCUUGGUUUGCACUUUUCAUUACAUGGAUAAUCUACUUUUAUUAUGUUAGCAUUUUAAACAGUGUUUAUAUAUAAAAGUAUAUAUAAAUCUGUUUUGCAUUAAAUGAAUUAUAAUUUUUUUAUAUCGUAGCUCUCAAGUGUUGAACACUUCUGUUGUUGAUGAAGUACUUUUCCUAAUGGACUGCAACAAUGUAUCUAAUAAGGAUGUGAAGCUUCUUUUUAAUCCUUUUUCCUGCAUAUUAUGCAUUGUGCUUGUAUAAACUAUAACCGGCUGUGCCUUCUUUUGCAUAAUGUCAUGUAAAUGAUUUAUAUAUUUUCUAGUAUUAAGAUAAAAAGAUGAAAGAAAAAAAACUAGUAUUGAACAGCCCUAUGGUAGUAUUUCAGUAUUUCUCCACGGAUAGGCCAUAAGCAGCAGUGUAUUCAUGUACCUUUGUAUUAAGUGCUUUCAAAUUGUAUAAAAAAUAGCCUUAUAAUUUUUCUUUGCUGAAGUGGAAAACGUAACCAACAUUACAGUCACGAGAUGCACUGAGGAGUAACAAAGCCACACUUCCACCUUUACGCCCAAGUUCUUCUGUCGCGUUGCAACAGGGAGGAACUGGGCUGUGUAUUUUCACCAGAGAUUUCCAGCACUGGAGAAUACUUCUGUAGAACAGGAGAAUUUAUUUGGCCCAUACUUCUUACGAACUGUCAGCAUUACAGCUGGAAAGACAAGAGGUAACCUCUGUUCUCCCAGGGAAUGAGGAUCAUUCCUGACAGAGAAUUUCCAGGAGCUUUGUUCAGUCGUGCCAAGUGCCUUCUAUUUCCCUGGAAAGAUUAUUCUAGCUACUAGAGCUCAGAAGGUUGCAUCUCCCCUUCCCCCAAAGCUGGAAAAGUUACAGGACUGUAAAUGAAUGCCUGGUGCUUGUAAAGAGGCAUACUGUACAUGUGGGAUGUUUAUGUAUAAACAUCUGAAUUCUGGAUUAAAAACCAGCACUGCGUUACUAUAUGCUCGCAACUUGAAUUCACUGGGUUUGUCCUCUACCUUGAGGUAAUGGUUUAGUCAUCUAAAUGUCAGGUUAGGAUUAGGCUAGACUCCCUGGCACCACAGAUUCUAAUCUUGGCAGGGCUGAUGCAAAUCUUCAGCUCUCUGAGGUGGCUAAAUUGGGUUGAAUGCAGCUUUACCGUGUAGGUAGGUUUUCCAGAUGAGACCUUCAAAACCGAAACCAGUAUCAGAUCCUGUUUGCUGCAGGUCACUGGCGCUUCUACUUUGCUUUUUGGCCAAGCGGCUGGCCAGAAGUCCAUUCUCUCUGGAAUUUACACAGUGAGUUGUCUGCUGAUUUUCUGCUUGGAUGCAUUUCAGUGCUGAUGUGUGUAGUUAAUUGUAAAUUGCUUUUGGAUCCUUCAACCUGAAAGGUGCUAAAUAAACAUUUUAUUAAUGCAGCUCUGAUGUUGAAAAGCCAUUUUUGGGGCAGAGGUUAUCUGACAAAAGACAGCAGGAAUUUUCCUCAGGCUACUGGGUUGCACAACCAAAAAUGAGCUUCCCUCUCAGUAAUUAAUGGGAUAAAACCCUGCUGUAUCUGUAUAAAGUACCAGUGCUGAUAAACAGAGCAAUUAGGUGCAAGACACAAGGAAAAAGAAUGAAGUGCCUGGGAAGCCAUUUGCUCGAUUCAGCAUUUUAAGAGCUCCAGGAGGUACCACCCUGAGGAGUCAAAACCAGAAGAUGAACCUAUGCAAAACCUAUGAGCGGAGAGAAAUAUUUUAUACGAAGUCAAAUCGGAGUAGACUGGAAGAGAAGGCAGCGUGUAACUGAAGGGAUUGACUAGACCAGUGGAGAUAAAUCACAGGGCUCACAGAUCAAACAUUCCUCUUUCAAUGGAUUCCUCCCAGGUACACGGAAUGUUUUCAUUGACUAAGUUGAGAGGCAAUUACUCGCACUCCAGAGCCGACUCUCGUCUCGUUUUAAAAAGGCAUAAAUGCCUACUUCAGGAGAGUCUCACCUUGUACACGCCGAUACAGCUAAUGGGAGAACAAGGCAUACAGAUGAACUGUUUCUCUCUAGUUUAAAAAGUAAGAAUAGGCACUCAUGAAAAUUUGGUCUUUGACUUAAUAAGAAUUGUUGAGUAAUAACACUGCAAAACCCCCAGAUGAACACGAGAAGAGGGAGCGUGUGACAGAGAAGUGAUGCUUAAAAAGCAUCCCAAUUCUCAUGGUUUUGUUUCUUCCAAGGUUCUACUAUGAGUAAGGCAGAUGUUUUUCUUUUCAAGGCUCAGCACACCCACACCUCCCCUCCCACCCUCCUGCCCUGUCAGUGACUUUUAAAGAUAGCAGAAAAUAGCAAUCCUGGGACAAAAACCUAUUUCAACAAACUACUGUAAAGGAUUCGAAAGAGUCCAGGAAAACUUCAGGGAAGACACCCAGAAACAGGAA